CAAAAGAGUUCGAUAUGUCUAUAUAUCGUAAGAUUACUGUACGCACAGGUAUACAUUUACGAAUUUCGUAAAGUACAGAUCCCGAUGUGUUAAAAGAUGCUACGAAAUAUCGGCAAUGUACUCUUUCUAUAAAAUUUGAACUAUUUCCAAUUAUAUAGAUUAUCAAUACGUUUUUAAAAGAAAUCUAUAAAAUUGUGUUGUUUCUUUUGUAUAACUUAAAAAUAUAUAUUUCUCCGCUUUUUACUCUUAUAACCUUAUAAUAUGCUCCAAUUGUACAAGAUUAAAUUAAGAGCAAUUUCCUUUAUAAUUACAUCAUUUUAAACAUAAUAUAAGUGAAAGUAAUAAACAGUUUCAUUAUGACUAUAAUAGAUUAUGUACAAACUUUAUCUGAUAAUCCUUAUUUUGGAGCUGGUUUUGGACUCUUCGGAAUAGGUGCUGGGGCAGCUUUAUUACGGAAAGGAAUGCAGGCAGGAAUGAUAUUUUUCAGGCGACAUUAUAUGAUCACCUUAGAAGUUCCAUGCCGUGAUAAGAGCUACCAAUGGCUUUUGCAAUGGAUUACACAAAAAGGUGCAAAGGAAACACAACAUCUUUCUGUUGAAACAAGUUUCGAGCAAAGAGAAACAGGUCACAUAAAAACUAGAUAUGAUUUCAUACCAAGUAUUGGAACACAUUUUAUUAGAUAUAAUGGGAAUUGGAUAAGGGUAGAACGAACUAGGGAGCAACAAACUUUGGACAUACAAAUGGGUAUACCAUGGGAAACAGUGCAACUUACUGCACUUGGAAGAAAUAGAAAUAUAUAUUUUAAUAUUUUAGAAGAAGCCAGGCAAAUGGCAUUAAAAGAGUAUGAAGGCAAAACAAUAAUGUAUACUGCAAUGGGAAGUGAAUGGAGACAAUUUGGACAUCCUAGAAAACGAAGACCGCUAAAUUCGGUCAUUUUAGAUACGGGUGUUGCAGAAAGGAUAAUAAAUGAUUGUCGUGAAUUUAUAAAAAAUCCUUCGUGGUAUAGCGAUCGUGGUAUUCCAUACCGGCGAGGAUACUUAUUAUAUGGCCCUCCGGGUUGUGGUAAAUCCUCAUUCAUUACUGCGUUAGCUGGUGAAUUAGAAAUGGGAAUUUGUGUUUUAAAUUUAUCAGAGCGAGGUUUAACAGAUGACAGAUUAAAUCACCUAUUAGCAGUAGCACCACAACAAACUAUUAUACUUUUGGAAGACAUUGAUGCCGCGUUUGCUAGUCGAGAAGAAAGUAGAGAAAUGAAAGCUGCAUAUGAUGGUUUAAAUAGAGUUACAUUUAGUGGUUUGCUUAAUUGUUUAGAUGGUGUUGCUUCUGCAGAGGCAAGAAUUUUGUUUAUGACAACAAACUAUUUAGAAAGAUUAGAUCCUGCAUUAAUUAGACCCGGUAGGGUAGACGUAAAAGAAUACAUAGGUUGGUGCAGUGCAAAUCAAGUGGAACAGAUGUUUUUGAGAUUUUAUAAGAAUAUUGACAACAAGGCAAAUGAACUUGCUAAACAGUUUACAGAAUCUGUAUUAUCAGAGAAGAAACAUAUUAGUCCAGCGCAAAUUCAAGGGUUCUUUAUGUUUCACAAAAACGAUCCUCAGAAUGUAUUAAAAAAUGUUUCACGUAUAUGGGAAAUUACAUGA